CUUCUCGCUCUGGCUUCCACUCUUUGCAGCCCACCGUGUGCUCCGCUCUCGAUCUCUCCGCUUGGUUGAAGAAGAGGGAGGAGGAGAGGCCCGAGAGGGACUAUCGAAGGUUUCUAGUUCACGUCUGGUCUCCAAGCUUGGGAGGUUCUCGGAUCUAUCUAAGCUUUUCACGACCCCUUUGGUGAUCAUUGACUCUCGUCUCCAACGAGUUCAAACUUACGCUAUUGUAAACUGAUGUGCUAAGAAUACAUGUUUCUGGUGGCUCCAAUUUCUGCUUUGAUUUGAAAUCUUUCCAUUUGCACUGGUUUUCUUAGUAUGUGCUGUGUUGUAGAGUACAUAGAGCCACUAGUGAAACGCUGGAAGAUUAUUUGAUUUGCUGUUUGCUUAUGAGUGGUUUCUCUUCCUGAUUGCAACCGUAUCUGCUAAGAGCGGGAUUAUUGAGUCAUUCUAACUGCCACUUACUUGGAUUCCUGAUAAAAGUUUUUUGGAAAUGGACCGUAAAGAUACAUCAGGAUUUGUAAGUGGAGGUGGCAACCUUUCCUCCAAGGAUUCCCUCUUGCUUCACUUUGAUUCCUGUUAAGUUAUUGGCCCCUGAAGUCGGCUCAACUGGUUUUUCUUCAUCAAUAUUUUGUUAAAUAAGUGGGUGUGCAUUUCUGUAGACAGUAACUAUGGAUGACAGCUCUGGAAAAUCAGGGUUUGAUCUAACCCUUUCAAAUGGUUUUGAGCUGAACUUCAGGGUAAAAUCAGGGCAAAAGUAUUUGGCCGACACUAUGUUGCGACUUGAUUCUGGAAACUCAAGUCUGUAUAGUCACUCCAACAUACAUGGCAUGAAGCGGAAGUGGGAUGAUUUCAGCAGAGCUGUUCAUGCAUUCCCUGCUCUUAGUUUGGGAAGAUCUCCAAGCACAUCGGAGAGUAGCAGGAGGAGUUCCGCAACUGAAUGCACCAUGUCCCCCACUAAGGAAAUGGAAGAAGAAUCUUCUUUAGAGUUAGGCCUAAAUUUCACCCUUCACCUUGGCAAUGACAGCAUAUUAAGCCCCAAGCGACCUGCUAUUCCUUCACCAAGGGUUCAGGAAACUCACCCUGCUUGCAAUCUUCAGCUGAGCCUUUCUACUGGCCCUUCAAGUUCCGUGAUCACUAGCAUCACCCCGGAUUCUACCCAACAUUUAAACAACUUGGAUGCGCCAGUGAUGGCUACCCGAAGGAUACUUGCUGAUGAUGGAUCCACUUCUGGUCGCUGGAAAUCUGGAGGCCUGAUACAACCUCUGCUUAUGUUUGAGGCUGCCACCAAAACUCCUGCCAAAGCCAGUACAGUUCAAUCUAUUCCUGACCUGCCAGCUGCCCCUGCUUCAGGGGCUAAUCCACCACUCCAACGCAACUUGAAUACAAAGAGUUGUCAGUUUCCUGGGUGUAUGAAAGGAGCUAGAGGUGCUUCAGGUCGAUGCAUUGCACACGGUGGUGGCCGUAGAUGCCUUAAACCUGGAUGCAACAAGGGCGCUGAGGGCAAGACUGUUUUCUGCAAAGCCCAUGGAGGUGGGCGCCGUUGCUCAGAACUCGGCUGCACGAAGAGUGCUGAAGGCCGAACUGAGAGAUGCAUUGCUCAUGGUGGUGGUCGGCGUUGCAAAAACGAAGGGUGUCCUCGUGCUGCCAGGGGGAAAUCUGGUUUAUGCAUUAGACAUGGAGGUGGCAAGAGGUGUCAACAGGAGGGCUGUCCUAAAAGUGCUGAAGGUCAUUCUGGCCUGUGCAUCUCCCAUGGAGGCGGUCGCCGGUGCCAAUUUUCAGAAUGCAAGAAGGGUGCACAAGGGAGCACUAUGUUUUGCAAAGCGCAUGGUGGGGGCAAACGAUGCACUUAUCCCUUGUGCAACAAAGGAGCUGAAGGGAGCACACCCUUCUGUAAGGGACACGGAGGAGGGAAACGCUGCUCAUUCCCAGGUGGUUGUACAAAGAGUGUCCAUGGGGGAACUCAAUUCUGUGUUGCCCAUGGUGGUGGGAAGAGGUGUGCGUUUCCUGAUUGCACAAAGAGUGCAAGGGGACGAACAAGUCAUUGUGUUCGUCAUGGGGGUGGAAAGCGAUGCAAGUCAGAAGGGUGUGGAAAGAGUGCUCAAGGAAGUACUGAUUUCUGCAAGGCUCAUGGCGGAGGGAAGCGAUGCAGUUGGGGCCAACCAGGAUCAGAGUAUGGAGCCAGUGGUCCGGCUUGUGAUCGAUUUGCAAGGGGAAAGGAGGGAAUGUGUGUUACACACCGAGAUGCAUACAGAGCUCUCAUCCAGGACUCACGUGUUCAUGGUGCAGCCACACUGGUACAUAAUCUGGUGCCAGUGGCCAAACCUGAGAAGAUGAAAGGAGUUGCAACUCCAGAGAUGUUCCUCAAUGUCGGGAAUACCGGCGAAAAUCUCAUCAGCUGGAGUAGUCUUGAACAAAGCAAAUUCAAAGCCCCGAUGUUCACACCACAGCCCAUGCUUCCUUCCCUCCCUGAAGGCAGGGUACGCGGCGGCAGCCUCAUGGCUUUGCUGGCUAGCAAUGCAGAGCUUGGCAGUCACUACGGUAACCAUACCGAAGCUAGCACUUCAGAGCAGGGAGGAACGUUGUACUGCAUGACUCACAAGUGGGUGUAAAAAGCAAUGCUGUGCAUAACUGUGUUACCAACAUUCAAUCUCUCUGUAGAUGUUAAAACCAAACUCUUAUUCAUCCUUAUGCAUUUGUUAGAUAUACUCUGGUUUGAUGUUUGUUCCCCGCUGUGUAUUCAACACCCCUUUGUGAAAUCAAUAAGGGGGAUGAAGGGGUGACCAGAUGUGGUUUCUGUGAACAUAUUAGCUUAGCUUCAAGAUGUACCAUGUGAUGUUAAUUACAUUGCAUUGAUGUAGAUUUCAUGAACAGAUUAGCAUCAAAUGUAAUAAGCUCUGUUGUUAAUUAUA